AUGGCAACAGAGGACAGUUUCAGCUACCUGAUGCCAGGCCACAGUGAGAAACACAGACGGGCCCCAAACUGGACCGAUGGGGAAAUGAAAGCCCUGCUGUACGUGUGGGAGGAAUACCACAACGAACUGAAAAUGAGCAAGAGGAACGCCAAGGUUUACGAGAAGAUGUCCCAGAGAUUUUUCCAGCUGACUGGAGAACAGCGUUUCAAAGAAGAGAUCAAGAUGAAAAUCACCAACAUGUCUUUCCAGUACAGGCGACUGAAAGCCACAGCUGGGGAAGCUGGUGAUGCACCGGACUGGCCUUACUUCAAGCCCAUCGAAAAGAUCCUCUCCAAGCCACUGGAGAAUGGCAGGGGGGACUCUUUGGAGUUCCAGGCCCCAAACGCAGGUCCUUCCACUUCCUCCCAGUCCACAGACCACCUCUUGUCCCACUCAGAGGAAGGCGUGUUGGGAUUCCUGCCAGAGUACACUGGGUCCUCAGACGAGAUGGAGAUAAAACAAGAGCUGGACUCUUUGAGCUCUGGAAGUGAGCACACGCAGGGCUCCAGCUCCCAUCCUAUCUCAGCCAAGAAGAAAAAAGCCAACAGGAGUUUGUCGCUGAAGAAGAAGAAAAUUCACAUUUUGCAGGCCAUGCUGCAGCAGCAGAAGCGGUCGAGCCGGGCCAUCGAGGAGACGUGCAGGGAGGUCCGUCGAGCCAUGCAUCAACAGAACCUGCUUCAGGUCCAGUGCCUGCAGCUACAGGAGAGAAUGAUGAACCUUCUAGAGAAGAUGAUCCAGCCUGUCUCCACCACGCCAUGGGCUCAGAGUGGGGUCAAAGAUCCAGGAAAACCUUAA